AUGUCAGGCGUGUGGGUGUUCAAGAACGGAGUGAUUAGGCUUGUGGAGAACCCUAACCAGUCAGGAGCCGACACAAACGGGCGAAGGAAAGUGAUGGUCUAUUUACCGACAGGAGAAGUUGUCUCAUCUUAUUCGUCGCUUGAGCAGAUCCUCCGGAGUCUUGGGUGGGAGAGGUACUUCGGCAGCGGCGACACAGAUCUCCUUCAAUUCCACAAACGCUCCUCCAUAGAUCUCAUCUCUCUCCCUAGAGAUUUCACCAAAUUCAACUCCGUUUACAUGUACGAUAUCGUCGUCAAGAACCCUAGUUACUUUCACGUCCGAGACUCCCAUUGA